AUGCCGCCCCGCCAGGCCUCCUUCUCUGCCUCGUCCGCCGCAGGUCCCUCGAACAGCGGAUCUCGGGGCGGUGCUGCGUCGCGGAACAGACGGUCUUCGCAGAUCAAGGAGACGGAUCUAAAGCGGAUAGAGAGCAAGGCGGAGGGCUUGGAGGUCGAGGAGUUUGGGCCGCCGAAAUGGAGGACGGUGCUCAACAGUCGGGCGGACCUUGGCUAUCCUGACUUCUACCCUUCUAGACCGGGAUUCCACCAACCAGAAGACGUCCUGACUGAAGAGAACGUCAAGAAUGGUUUCGUGGCCAAGACUUUCGUCACUGUUGGGGCGGAGAGCUUCUCGAUGCAUGGUCCAAUCAACCAGUACCUCCUCAAUGGAGGUAUGGAGAUGCUCAUGAAGAUGGGGCAGAGUAUCAUUGAGAAGAGGGACGAGUCGAUGCCGCAGCUGGCAGAGAGGACCUUCCGCAUCCCACCCCGAGUGACGUACAAUGAAGGUGGGCGCGUCCAGUUCUUCGCGGAUCUCGCCAAUCCCGCCGUACCUCUGCACCGUAUGGCUCGGGAAGGGAAAGCACCGCGCGACUUUAAAGGACUCGAGCUGCUCGACACCAUGUUCGCCCGCGUCGUGCCCACUCGCCCAGGUGUCGCAGCCGUCCCGACCACCUCAGAGCCUAUACCCGUCGAUAGGGCACUAUGGUUCAUCCGCGUCCUGGGCUCACACGAGAUCGCCGCGCAUCGCCAGCGAAUUCAAGCAGCCGGUCCGGCGGCAGCUCCGUCGCCAAUGCCCAAUACGCCUAGCUCGAGCGCGGCUGGUGCCGCCGGGACUCCAGCGGCGGCGCUGUCGAGUAACGACUGGUAUACUCAGGAGUUCACCAAUUUGUUUACGUCCUGGCUGAGGACGCAGCUGGGGCAUCUGGUUCUGCCCGCGAAGGGGUCGGCCCAGCCGCCAAAGGCAGCCACCGGGGUUCUAGGGGACGAGAAGACCAGAGGGAGGUGGUUGGCAAAGUGGAGUUACAGUACCUCGCUCCUCCGAGAGCUACAUACCCGCCGACUAGUCUCGACACGCUCGCUCAUGGCGUGGCUCGCGGACUUUCAACGUACAGCCAAUCUCGCCCAACUCGGCUUUGUCGCUCAGCUUAUUGGCGACUAUCUUCCGGAUAUGCUACACCACCUCGCCGCUGCCCGAGUAUGCAUCAAGGGCGCAUGCGAGAAGAUCAAAGAGAUCAAGGCUUCUCCUGCUGCUGGCUCAAUGACCAAGAUCCAAGGAAUGCUGGAGAGUAUCAUCGAAAAGCUCAUCAAGGGCAAUCCAGAGGUACUCGUGGGUCCGUCUGCCUGGAAGCAGCAUCGCGAGCUGUUGUCGGCGUUCGCUGCCUCAGAGGUCGUCGAGGAGAUGGAUCGGCGGAACCAUGCGCUACUCUAUGUACCUGCAGAGAGCAGUACUGCUAGUCCGCGGCGCAACCAGAUCGAAGAAACAUCUAAACUCGACUCGAUCUCUGCCGAAACCAACAUGGUCGAGCUAUGCCGCUCCUUCUUUGACGGUCUUUCCUCACCCACCUCCCCAUCUCUCGACCUGACCAAGUUUGAAGAGAAGGUCUUUAUCCUCCUCAACUGGGCCAUGGGGUUACGACAUCUUGGGAUCCACCGGUUCUACGCCGCCCACACCCUGCUCCGGCUGUGGACCGAGCAGCGCGCUGAACAUACUAGCCGGCCAUUCGAUAUUUUUCCCCAGCUGUACAGCUGGCUCGAUACGUCCAGCGCGGCCAAGAAGGACCGGAAUGUCCAAGCGAUCGGUAUUACCUUUGGCGAGUUUACGCGCCAAGGCAUGUUCUCGUACUCGCGGUACCUGCACAUGCUUAUUGCGCGGGGAUAUACGGCGAGGUCUCGGCCGAACGGCCCGAGAAGCCAUCACAUGGAUCUCUUGAGGUCCAUACCGAUCUUUGUGGUGGCGAAGGACCUGCUACAACAGAGAAGGAUCGCGCUGUCGGGCGACGACGCCGAAGCGAGGGCGAGGGACGAUGGGGAGGAGGAAGGAGCGAUGGAAGCGUUCAAGGAGGAGUGCAAGGAGUAUGUGCCGGAACUGUACGGAUUCAAGCGGUAUGGGCGUAGCGCGGCGUUCCGGGAUGAUGUGGAUCAUCCCAUGCCCUCGACGGACGACAUCACCCGCUUCAUCUUCCUUCAGGCUAGAUUUGAGCUCGCUGCGGAAUCCCAGAAGCGACUCAAGCGGCAAGGCAAAACUCCAGCGAUGAGCCCCUCGACAUUCGCCCGCGUCAUCCACAUCCUCCACAUGUGCAAUGGAUACUCCAGUAUCGCAGACUUUAUCGUCCGCGCCACCCGGAUCAACGACAAUCAAGAGAUUCUGCGCAUAACCAUCGAUAUCCUCCGGUGUCACGCCGAUACAUGGACAGCGAUGGAUCGGUGGCCCGUCAUCGUCGAUGCGUUGAUGGAACGCUUCCAUCGUCUGGAUCGAAAAGACAUCUAUCAUCCGAGACUGCCUAGGUUGAUCAUCGAUUUGGCGGCGCAGGGGCGAGCAAAGGAGGAGGAUGCGGAGGAGGUCCGGAGCUAUGUCGAGUAUCAUGAGAAGGCUUGGUAUGGAUCGAUGGGUUCUCCAAGCGAUGCUCGGCCUAGUAUGCCAGAACUGCGACGGUCUUUUCUAGCGCACGACAUCGACGCGGCAAAGACACUCGGUCAGGCGCUGUACGACCGGCAUGGGCCGUAUGCGGGCUGGGCGACUGUAUGGUGGAGCACCAUCACGGAUGUCCUCAAGGCGCUGAGCCUCGCCUCGGAAGGCACUUCAGGCGUACUCGAUGCUGUCGCGGCGCAUAUCGACCAAGUGACGGGCUUUAUCGGGUUCACGAUCGACCAGGUCGUUGGCGAGUGGCUCGACACGGUUCGGAACCGGUACGAGCUCUUCUCGGCGGUCUCGUCUAUCCGACAGCUGUUUCUCAUGCUCGUCACCCGUCGCCGGUUGUCCACCCUCACUCUCCUCGACAAAUACAUCUAUCCCCUUUGGAAAUCCUUCUCGGCCACCCUCCUCUCUUCCCGACCGCAUCUCUCCCCAUCCCAACUCCAAGCGCUCGACACUACCGUCAUCCUCGUACAACAACUCCUACUCACCAAACCUCCAAAUCCCGCCAUCUCCCCAAUCGGACCCCAAGAGGCUUUUAUCGCGUAUACUAGCCGGUCCCAGGUCUUGUCCAACCAACACAUGCCGGACUUUAUCCGUCACCUUCCUUCCCUAGUCGUCCUGGGUUCCAUCACCGUGCCGGAACGUACACGAGAUCAAAUAUCCCUCUUCUUUCGGGACCUAUCGACGAUCCCGGAGUUCAAGGCCGCGGCGUUUAGGCAUCUAUCGUUGCUCAAGGACGCAUUCCUUUCGAGCGAAUGGGGCAAAGCCGACCCUGCCGUCGAAGGCGGAAUGAUCGAGACUUUGAAAUCCAUCAUGUCGGAGGGCGGCUCCCCUAGCUCUUCAGCUAUGCCCUCCCUACCUUCCAGUGGCCGGCUAAGCGCCUGGAGAUGGACGAGCGUCGUGCUGGAGAUGAGGGUCGAAUUCAAACGGUUAGCGAUUCGGCUGCACGGACCAGGGGCGAGGGAUACCCUCCGUCAGCUCGUUGGGGAGAGCAUGAACCGUGAACACUCGGCGGACGACGCGGAGCUGUUGUGCGAGACGUUCAAGGGGAUCGACGCGGCGGUGGUGGGUGAGAUAGUGGCGGUGGGGCUCGAUAGGCUCGGUGUGCUCCUCGGGCGAAUGAUGCAGGAUGAGGGGGAGGCAGAGACCGAGGCGGGGGAGCAGGGGAAAGGAGAGGCGGAUAAGGCGAUGGAUGCUGUGUUGCGGAUUAUCUGCAGUGCGGGCACAGAGGGCCUAGGCGGGGACGCCACUGUCUCUGGGGCGAGACAUCGGAUGUUGGAUCUAAUAGGGACGGUUCUGGGCGCGGUGGGGGAGCAGUUGGGAUCGGCGGAUGAUACUCAGCAGGCGGGGCUAUUGCUACGUGCGGCGCUCAAAGCGCUGCGGUUCACGUUGGGGCUGAAUGUCAUGGAGACAGCGGCGAUCACUGCGCCGAAGCCGGACUUUGUCAAGCUGAUUGUGGCGUUGCUGCGGGUCUUGACUGCGAUGAAAGGCUCGGACAUGGCUGAGGUGCAAGAUACGCUGGUCUACGUUCUGGACUCUGCUCCGGCCGCCACUCGUCCGGCGAUUCACCUCGCUCUCCUCGCUGAGAUGGCUACCGCUCCUGUCCAGCAUGCGCUCCGCCUCUCUCCCACCCUGGUCGAAAUCCUCCCGCGAUUAUCACCCACUCGGCGCCACAUGACGCUCACCACGACCAAAGACGACAUCUCCACCUCUUACCCCUUCGACGACCGGCCAUGGGAGUUGUUUGAAUACAUGGCGCCCUUCCCUGCCCAGCGGGGCCACGCGGACCAGUUCCUAGCUGUCCGGCCAUACCAGGACACCGCUUCUCUUCCGGUCGCGCUCUUUGACCCGCUCAUCCGGCGGGACGCCCUACCUGGCAAGAAUACCGACAAGCCCGUCGAGGGGGAGUUGAGAUGGGAGGAUCUAGCGUCGGAGCGGAAUCUGGGGAAUGGGUUGGCAGGGGAACCUAUAGCUGCGCGACAGCUCGCUACUUUGCUCUAUGCCGGACCCGAGCAGACCGCGGGACCCAAAGGUCUACGCUUGCAGACGGCUCACCUCGACUCGCAUUCGCCCGAUCCAAGCCCCUCUUCCCUCCCGCGCCGCUCUUCCACCCGGAUCGCCACCGCCGCUUCGGCGUCCGCUGGCGCUGGUGCGUCUUCCUCCCGCCACCCAGCGGGCACCGAUCGGGACCCCAUCAAUAUCGAUGAUGAUGGAGAUAGCAAGGACUCGGAUUCCGACUCGGACGAUUCGGAUGAUCUGGAGAUUAUCCAGCCGCCGACGAAGCGACAGAGGACGGGAAGCAAGUCGUCCACUGCGGCGGUGGUUGGUGGACGGUCGACGACGGGUGGGAAGAUGCCGGCUGCGGCUGCGGCUGCGGCUAGGAAGACGACGGGCGGGAAGAAUGUGGGGGGCAAGAGUGUGGGAGGGAAGAAUGUGGGGAGAAAGACAGCGGGGAAGGCUGUCAAGGUGAGGAGGUAG